AUGCGAACUAGUGUCCUCUGGCAGGAUAGCGUCAAAGACACGGAAAACAACGAGCAGGUUAUUUACGAUGUAUGUUUCGAGCCGGGAGGCAAACGUCUUAUCGUCGCCGCCGGCAACAGAGUUUUGGUUUACGACACAGAAACAGGACAGCAUGUGGACGCUCUCAAAGGACACAAAGACUUCGUUUAUUGUCUUUCGUAUGCUUCCGAUGGUCAAAGGUUCGCGUCCGGCGGAGCCGACAAAAUGGUCAUCAUUUGGACGCCGCAACUAGAAGGAAUUCUGAAAUAUUCUCACACGGACUCCCUCCAAUGUCUGGCACACAAUCCAGUGACGCAUCAGCUCCUGAGUUGCGCAUCCGGAGACUUUGGGAUUUGGAGUUGGGAGCAGAAAUCCGUGACAAAGCAUCGAGUCACGUCUCGGAUAACGAGCUGCAGCUGGAAACAAGACGGAUCUUGCUUCGCGAUCGGCCUCGCAAGCGGCAUCGUCUCUGUCCGGACGCGAGCCGGAGACGAGGUUCUGAAGAUCGAGAGGCCGAGUGAGGUUUGGGGAGUCGCUUUUUGUCCCCCGGCGGACGACGAGUUCGAUUUAGCGAUCGCCGAUUGGACGCAGACCCUAUCGUUCUACACAUUGAACGGUCGUAUGGUGACGAAAGAACGCCCACUUGGCUUCGACACCCUCUUUAUGAAAUAUUUCGGGAACAAUUUCCUCGUUCUCGGCGGCUCGAACAAUGCAUUGUCCGUUCUCAGUCGCGAAGGGGUCCAUCUGGGCGGCCCCCUGUGCGAGCAAAAAGGAUGGAUCUGGUGUUGCGAUGUCAUUCCGGACAAGGACACCCACAACGUGGCUAUCGGUAGCAAUGACGGCACGAUCGCCCUCGUGCAGCUGGGCUUGGCGACUGUCCACAGUCUAUACAGGGAACGUUACGCGUUCCGGGAGAACAUGACGCACGUCGUUAUUCAGCACAUGGUCACAGGAGAGAAGGUACGCAUCAAGUGCCGGGACGUGGUGCGUAAACUGGCCAUCUACAAGGAUAAUCUCGCAGUCCAAUUGGCCGAGCGCGUCAUAAUCUACGAGCAGGCAGAGGCGAUGCACUACAAGGUCAAGAAGAAGCUCAACAUGAAGGUCGAGUGUAGCUUAUUGGUGAUCUGCUCCGACAACCUGGUUCUGUGCCAGGAUCGCAUUCUGCAAUCGUUGAAUCUCGACGGCAACGUCGAGCGCCAGUGGACGAUGUCGGCGCCCAUUCGGUACAUCAAAACUAUCGGUGGGGCGAGAUCUCGGGAGGGCCUUCUGGUGGGCUGCAAGGACGGCAGCGUUGUCCUCGUCUAUCUGAACAACUCGGUCGCAUUGCAAGUUCUCAAUAAACAGAGUCUGGGCGUUCGUUGUCUCGAUUGCACGGCGUAUCGAGACAGAAUCGCGACGGUGGACGACAGCGGCGAUCUGAGGGUGUACAACAGAAAAGACAGCAAGAAGACCGCGAUAUUCGAAGUCAAAGACUCGGCGGCCAGCGUUGCUUGCAGCACUCAACUCCAGGACCUCUAUUCGUAUUCGGGAAAUCAGAACUUGUGUGUUCGCCUCGCGGCGAACAACUCCGCUUCCUCGCUCGCAUUCGAAGGUUUCGUCGUGGGUCUUAGCGGGAAUAACGCGUUUUGUCUGCAAUACAACACGAUGAUUACGUUCCGCUUGGCCUUAGGGGUGGCGAUCGAUUCAGCUCUGAAGGAAAGUGUUCAGACAGCGUACGAGAUGUGCUGUCUCGGAGUCUCGAAGACGAACUGGAAAAAACUCCAAGAGGUAGCGAGCAAAUCCGAUAAUUUUCACGUCCUGCGGAAGAUCGCUCAAAGGACCAGGAACUAUUCGGCUUGUCUGAUUCUGAAGGCAGCCGAAAGCGAAACCGAUAUCGCAAUGCAGAAGUUCCUGAUUACGUCUCGGCUCCUCAAACAAUACGUCGAAGCGUCCCGGAUCGAAGGAACGAGCGCCCAACUCCAAGAUGCCAUAGACGCCAUGGCCUCCGACCUCAAUAUAUUGGAUCGGGCGCGGUCUUCGAAGAACCGGAGCGCGAUUCUGAGACGAGCACAAUGGGCUCAGAGAAUGAAUGACUCGAAGAACGCCGUCGAGCUCUUCCUCGCGGCCGGCGACACGGUGAGCGCUAUAAAGAUUUUGGCUCGAAACGAUCAGCAAGACCGCAUUUGGAACAUAUUGAAAGACUUGGAUGCGUCGAAAGAUCGUGAGCAACUGCUGCUCUGCGCCCAGUAUCUGAAGAGCAUCGAUCAGGUGAAGCUCUGCGUCCGGAUAUUCGAGCAGCUCAGCGACGAGGACCUGUUGUUGGAAGUCUAUUGCGACACCGCGCUCUGGGACAAAGCACUCGAGAUCGCGCGCCGGAGAGGGGACGACGUCGAGAAGGGGGUUCAUUUCAAGCGAGCCAACUGGCUGGCAGAAGACGAUAAGUUCAUCGAGGCGCAAUUAGCCUUCCAGAACGCCGGGAGACCCAAAGAAGCGCUCCGAGUUCUCGAACAACUCCUCGACAACGCCGUCGACGAGGAGCGCUUCACUGAUGUCAGCUGGUACUAUUUUCAGAUCGCUCAGCAUCUCGGAUCUCAAGAGAAAUUCAACGAGGCGGAAUAUGAUAAGUUGAUGAAAAUGGCGAGGGUCUUCUUCGCCUACAGCUUCAUCUACCGCUACAUUGUGGAUCCGUUCACGGUCCACCCGGCUCACACAUUAUUCUUCAUCUCUCGCUAUCUUGUCAACGAAGAAGCGACUCUGAACUCGAUCGAUUCCGUGUCGAGAUGCAACGUCCUGAUAGCGCUCACUAAACAAUGUACCGCGAUGGGAGCAUUUAAGGUCGCGCGGACCAUUUAUACGAAACUACAGAAUCUCCUCCAACCUCGUAACAACGAGCUCAGACAAUCGGUGGCCAUCCAUUCAAUCAUAAGUCGGAGCAAGGCCUUCGCCGACGCGGAAGAAACCGAGUUGCCAUGCUACGCGUGCUCGAGCAUGAAUCCGGCGCUCGCGAAAAAUAAUCAAUGUCUCCAGUGCGGCCAGCCAUUCAUUUUCUCGAUGAUCACAUUCGAAGUUCUACCGGUGGUACCCUUGAAGGAUGUCACCAUGGGCGAUGACGACUUUACGGCGGCGUUGAGCGCCGGAAAACUUUUCCGAGAUGCGGAAUACCGCGUCGUUCAGACGGGCGGUCAUCAGCUGAGUCCGAGAGCGGUCAUCGUUGUGCCACGGGAAGGAAAACGCAAACCCGAUUACUACUUGAACGUCAUGCCAAACGUGCCGGUGUGUUAUUGUAGGGGCUGUUACAAUUUGUUCGCUAGCGACGAUUUCGAAAUGAGUACUCUGCAGUAUGGACACUGUCCCUUCUGCAGGACCCCAAGCGACUCGUCUGCCACUGAAGUUUCGAGCUGA